AACGCAACUAAACUAAUGAGAUAGCUUCCAAAUUUCCUACCAAAAAAUCUCAAUUUUCAAAGCAUACGCACAUUAGAUAUUUAGAUACCUCGUUUCCUCUCUAACUUUUCUGUUUCACUUUCUAAACUAGCCCUCACAAACAUGCAAUCAAUCCCCAUAUAAAAUGAUCAUUUCUUCGUGCAGCAGUUUAUAGUGAAGCCAUCUUCUCCGCACAAACCUUCUUUGCCUCCUGAGAGAUCAUAUACAGUAAUUUCAAAUUACCAAUCAAUAUCAUAUAUAGUCCAAAAGAGCAAAACACUAUAGCCCAGAUCACAAAAUAUGAAAUCCAGCCAGGAAGUUGCUUAUUAUUUUAUCUUGUCUCUUCUUGCAGCAUCUGUUGUCAUUCUUUGUUUGGUCCUGACAAUCUUUUGUCGAAAGAUCAAACCGAUAGAAUCUGAAGAAAGUCUUCCAGCCGCCAAGAUUUCUGCACAGGGGUAUCCAUUAACAGAUAUUGAUGAUGCUACUGAAGGGUUCAAUCGUCGAAGAAUUAUCGGCACCGGUCGUUUAGGCACUGUGUAUGCAGCUGUAUUGCCAAGCGAUCAAAAGCCGGUUGCUGUCAAGAGAAUACACCCUUCUCUUGUUCUGAGUAAUGCUGGUUUUGGGUUCACUUCAAUACUGAAAACACUCUCUUCGGCUCGGCAUCCUAACAUAGUGCCUAUACUAGGAUUCUCUCAGGCUCCUGGUGAGAGAAUCAUUGUAAUGGAAUUUGUUAGUGCGGUGAGUCUGGAUUAUUAUUUGCAUGAGAAUUCUGAUGGGGCGUCAUCAUUAUUGGACUGGAGCCGGCGUUUGAGUAUCGCAGCCGGGGCGGCUAGAGGACUCGAAUACUUGCACGAAGGGAUGGCACCAAAUAUUGUUCAUGGAUGUUUCAAGGCAUCAAAUGUUCUACUAGAUGACAAGUUGUGUGCUAGGGUUAGUGAUUAUGGGCUAUCUUCAUUGGCACCUUAUGAAAAGAGGGGGCUUGCGGGGUAUGUGGAUGAUGAGCAUUGGAGGAAUGGAAGGGGGGAGGCUUGCAAAGAAGGUGAUGUUUAUGGGUUUGGUGUGGUUUUGUUGGAUCUGUUGAGUGGAAGGAGAGCCGAGGAAGGGUUACUUGUGAGAUGGGCAUUGCCUUUGAUUAAACAAAUGAGGUUUAGUGAGCUUUUGGAUCUUAGACUUGUAAUGCCUUCUGAUAUGAGGCCACUUAUUAGAUUGGCCAAGGUUGCUUCAGCUUGUGUUAGCAAUUCCAGGAAGAGUAGGCCUACUAUCGUCCAAGUAGCUACUAUUUUAAACAACUUGGAGAUUGAGGUAUGUGCUUGAUUGCCAUGGCGUAUUACGAAGAAAAAGUCAAUUUUUGAAGGGGCACCAAUUUUGACUUUUGUCAAGUAUUUUUUUCUGCAGAUGUAUAUCCAAUUCAAUUAUGUAUUUAUCAAAUAAAACCUAACUGUUGUAUUGAGUGCA